GCACAGUAUACAUCCUGGGCUCUACGUGAAUUUCCUUCACUCAGCGUCUGGUCGUACUUUGCUAAGAACAAAAAAUGUACACAAGAGAAGAGCUGGAUUGCUAUCACGGAAACAGAAUAUUUCAUAGUCAAUGCCCAAUGACAAUAAUAAAAUAAUAUAGUAGGUAGUAUAAAUUACUACUUAGCAGAUCUUCUAAGACCGUGAUAUAAUUAGAAUAAUGUUGUAGCAGUAGCAAAUACAAGUGAUACAACUACAGACAAACUACAGAGAUGCAAAAUAUAAUAUAAUAAUAAUAAUGUGUAUUGUGUAACAGGUUUAAAACAUUUUGUAAACUAUAAAUAUUUAAUAUAUUAGUCAACUAGAUGGCGCCAUACGUGACUUUUUCACAAAUUUGAUAAGAACUUUUUGUUACCACUUUAUCAUAUUGGCUUGAUGCGAAACCCAAAUCAGGCAACCAUACUAUCUAUAGCCGUGGUGUAUACCUAGAGCUGCACUAUAGAAUAUUGUUGAAUACACGGUAUGUCCUAUCCAUGUAUAUAUGAUCUAUGUCAAAAGGUUACUGAUGUUUGAUAAGACAUAAAUCAUACAUUUUAUUUUAAAGUUAAGCCUUUUUUAAUAUAACAUCUUGUACCUACCUAUUUCGCUCUUAAAUUGUGUAUUCAAUAGAUUGAAUUAUAUUUUAUUGACAAAUUCAGUACGGUUAUCUACAUACUUACUAUUUUUUUUUAAAAAAUGGCUGCUCGAGAAGCCUCUAAAUGUGCAACUAAAGUAGUUAGACCAUUGUUGUCAUCAGAUAAAUCAGAAGCUAAAAAAAGAGUUUUAAACUUAUACAAGACAUAUUACAGGCAAAUUCCUUUGAUAUUGUUUGAUCGUCAUUUACCUGUUUCAAAAGAAGAAUGUCAAAAAAAGUUGAAGGAAGAAUUCUUAAAAAAUAAACAUAUAACCGAUGUUAGAGUCAUUGAUAUGUUAGUUAUUAAGGGUCAGAUGCUGUUACAAGAAAUUGUUACCAAAUGGGCUCAAGAUUGCCAUGUAAUGACAAUAUUUAAAGAUACUGUUGAGCCAAAGCCAAAUGAUUUUUUGUCAAAAUUUGUCAAUAAUAAUGACUCUCAAUAGUAAAAAGUAAAAUUAAUGAAAGUUUCUCUGUUUGUUAAUAGUUUAUUAAAUAAAUUACAUAUACCCAUAGAAAUAUAAGCACAAUUUGCGUUUUUUGUUGUAACAUAAUAUAAUAUAAAAAUUAGAUUACCAUUGAA